AUGACGUGUCUGGGAAGAAACAAUAAUUCUCAGAGCGUUCUUCUAAAGCAACUCUUAGAUAACUAUGGACCAAUCACAGUCAGACCUGUGCGUGACGUCAGCCGAUCUACGAAUGUGACCUUCAGAUUCCUUCCGGUUGAGCUCAUCAAGUUUGACGAAGAAAACCAACAAGUGAAGCUGUCGGCAUACAUACGAAUGAUAUGGACGGAUGAGAACAUGAUAUGGGAUCCCUUGGAUUUCGAUGGCGUCGAUUACGUGACCGUAAAAAAAAACGAUGUCUGGCUUCCCGACAUCUGCCUCUAUCAAAAUGUCGUCAAGGAUUUCAUCAGCUACGCAGAUACUUACAUUGUCGUGUCGAGCAACGGCACCAUGGACUGGUACGUCCCGGUCAUCAUAGCCACUUCCUGCCCCAUCGAUAUCACCUAUUUCCCCUACGAUGUGCAGCACUGUAACCUGACCUUUGGCCCCUGGACACUUAACACAGACAGGGUGAGACAUAGCCUUUUGACAAGGCCUCGUGACUCUGACUAUUUUGCAUCCUAA